ACAAUUGCAUUAACAAAUGUCACCUCUUCUGAUGUGAAAUCACAACAAACAAGGGAAUAGCUUGGAGUUUUUUUCCUUAUAUAUUUUAAGUAAUCCUUCAAAGUGAAUCACCUAUUUGGCUAUUUACCUAUACACUCAACCCCCUACUACCAUCUCUUCUCUCCUAUAGCCUUUGUUUCCAUUUUACAUUUCCAACUCUUUUUCAAAAUGAAGAUCAAUUGCCGCAAAGAAGCAUGCAUAUAAGACAACACCCUCCUCCACCCAUGGCUCAAAGCCAAGAUGAUGACAUCAAGGAGAUUAAUUAAUUUUCAGGGCUUGAAGUUUGCUACUGGUGAUUUGUGGUAUAUUGAGGCUUGAACACUGCAAUUUAUUGUGAAAUACACAGAGGAAGUUCUAUAGCAGGUUCCUGCUACACGAUACAUCAACCCCACUUGGUACUUUUCUUCUUUUCUUCUUUGAUCUUGGUUCCUGUUUCAGGUCCCAUUUGAGAACCAUGAAGCAAAAAACGCCACCAUUGAUCACAGGGAGAAUUGUGUUGAAGCAGAGCAGUGAAAAGUCAAUACUGCCACCACCACCCCAGCAACGCUUGAGAGCGGCUAGAGAGUCUCCCAAGACACCACCUGAGGUUGUGAAUAGAGUUUUGUCCAUUUCAUCAACCAGAGCUAAGUCUGUGCCUCCAGACUUGAAGAACAGUUCAAAGGCCAAAAGGGGUCUUGUGCUGAACAAGGCUAAGUCAAUUGAAGAGGUUGAGGGGUCUCAGAAGGGUAGGGAGGGUGAAGAGGCUAAGGUUGUUGUUCUUUCUGCUGCUGCUCGGAUACGGAGAAGGGUUGGGGAUUUUGGUUUGAGGAGGGGUGAAGAUGAUCCUGAUGGGAAGAAUAAGAAGAAGCAAAAGGAGGUGGAGGAGGAGUUGAAGGAGAAGCUUGAGGUGAGUGAGAGCUUGAUUAAGAAUUUGCAGUCUGAGAUGCUGGAGUUGAAGGUUGAAUUGGAUAAAGCUAGGAGUGUGAACAUGGAGCUUGAGUCUCAGAACAGAAAGCUCACUCAGGAGCUUUCUGCUGCUGAAGCUAAGAUAGCAGCACUUGGCAACAGUGUAAAGAAGGAGCCAAUUGGAGAACACCAGAGUCCCAAAUUUAAAGACAUUCAGAAACUCAUUGCUGACAAAUUGGAACGGUCUAAAGUAAAAAAGGAAACCGUUCCUGAAGCAAUUUUUGUUAAAGCAUCAAUUCCAGCUCCAACACCAAGUCGUGCCGUUCCUGAAACUAAUAUAGGAAGAAAAUCUCCGCCCAACCUAUGCCUGCCACUGCCUCCACCACCGCCACCACCAAUCCCAUCUCGGCCUUUAGCAAAAUUGGCUAAUAUCCAAAAGCCCCCUGCAAUUGUGGAACUAUUUCACAGCUUGAAGAAUCAAGAUGGAAAGAAAGACUCAAAAGGAAUGGUGAAUCAUCAGAGACCAGUAGCUAGUAGUGCACACAGUAGCAUUGUAGGAGAAAUUCAAAACCGUUCAGCGCAUCUUUUAGCUAUAAGGGCAGACAUUGAAACCAAAGGAGAGUUCAUUAAUGACCUUAUAAAGAAGGUGGUUGAUGCAGCCUACGUGGACAUUGAAGAGGUCCUAAAGUUUGUUGAUUGGCUUGAUGGUGAACUUUCCACAUUGGCUGAUGAGCGCGCUGUCUUGAAGCAUUUUAAGUGGCCUGAGAAGAAAGCUGAUGCAAUGAGAGAGGCUGCAGUUGAGUAUCGUGAGCUUAAAAUGUUAGAACAGGAGAUUUCCUCUUUCAAGGAUGACCUUGACAUUCCAUGUGGAGCUUCCUUGAGAAAAAUGGCUUGCCUAUUGGACAAGUCUGAGCGGAGCAUACAGAGGCUAAUCAAACUGCGAAGUUCUGCCAUACGGUCAUAUCAAGUGUACAACAUUCCAACUGCAUGGAUGCUUGAUUCUGGAAUGAUGAGCAAGAUAAAGCAGGCUUCCAUGACUCUGGUCAAGAUGUACAUGAAAAGAUUGACAAUAGAGCUUGAAUCCAUUCGGAAUUCAGACAGAGAAUCUAGUCAAGAUUCUCUUCUUCUUCAGGGAGUCCAUUUUGCAUAUAAAGCCCAUCAGUUUGCUGGUGGUUUGGACUCGGAAACGUUGUGUGCUUUUGAAGAGAUAAGGCAACGCGUCCCAGGAAACCUAGCAGGGUCUCGAGAACUUUUAGCCGGCAUACCAUCAUCAUGAGAAGAGAAACCAUUGAUUUUUAAUGCUUCUGCUGCUGCUAAUGGUUAGAAAUUUGGCUCCUAAGCUAAAACAUCCAUUAUUCUUUUUCUUAUCUCCAAUGCUUACACUAUGAACCCCUCAGAAGAAAUAUGGAGGAACAAGAUCAAGAGAUUCUGAAGAAAGAACACUCUAAAUAGUUAAGUCAAAGUGCUAGUCUGCUUUCAAAUCCUGUCAAGACCUAGGAAUAGAGGAUUUUCUGUUGAGAUUUGUGUAAUUUCAAUGGUGAAUUUUUUAUCUAGCUCUCUCUAAUGCUGUAACAGAGAACAUGAAGAAGCAGCUUUGCCGUGUGUAGAUGCAUAUAAUUAACUUUUACCAAGCUGUUUUAAUAAUUUAAUUACCAUGUUCAAUUUGUAGACAUUUUGAAGCAA